CCGCAGUUCUGGCACUGGCUGCUAUUGCGCCGGAGACUCCACAACCUCUUCGCAUCCGGGUUGCUCGCUGUCACCUCCCCACCGCUCCCUUUGCGUCCCACCCCGACACACACAUAGACACACACCAUAAACCUGUGCCCUCAGCUCGGGGUAUUGGUGCUGAGUUCCUCACCACUAUUCCCAGCCACCCCUUGCACACUGCCACAGUGUCCUUUCCAUACUUGUCUGGCUGCCAGAGAACAAGGCUGGCUCUUCCUCCUUACCCCAGAAUGCCCGUCUAGGGCUGGGUCCCUCGCCAGCGAGUCCGGAGCCCCGCACCACCCACGUGUACAAGAGCGCAGUGCCAGGCCAGCGAAAAACCGAAGGACCCUGGCUCCUGGCCGCAGAAGCUUUACGAUUGUAAGAGAAACCUGGCACCCGCCCGCAAGCCGCGCACAGAAAGCGAGCUGCACGUGCUGGGAGCCGUCGCCUCGCUGCAGGGUGCGGGUGCCCGCAGAGGCAGCUAGCUAGCUAGCGCGAGCAGAGGGAGAGUGGAUAAGCGAACCGAGGAAGGGUGGGCGCGUUGGUGGGUCUGGGAAGCAGACAUCUCCGAAAAGCAGGGGCUACGUGGCUGUGCUGCCCGUAGGACUGCAGUGCCACCUCUCCCAAGAAAGCCCGCUAGCUCACACGCCCGCGCGCGUACGCACGUGCACACGGUAGGCAGGAAAAGCACUAGCGAGAGCAUUUGAGUGCUGGGCGCCUUGUAGCUAUGGCAUCUGUCCUCAACAGCAAAAUUCACCCGCCAGGGACUUGCCCAAGCUCCAAAGCCGAUUCCCGCGGUGGCACAGGCUGGAGAAUGGACUGUGAUCCCGAGAUGCACGUCAAAAUGUGCAAGAAGAUCGCCCAGCUCACCAAGGUCAUUUAUGCCCUCAACACCCGCCAGGAUGAGGCGGAGGCGAGCCUGGAGGCGCUGCGGGAAGCGCACCAGGAGGAGCUGGAGGGCGCGGUGGCCCAGACCAAGGCGAGGGUCCUGCAGGAACAGGGCAGGAACAGCGACGACGAGGAGGCCCUUCUGCAGCGCAUCCAGGCCCUGGAGAGCGCCCUGGAGCUGCAGAAGAGGCUGACUCAGGAGGCGCAGGCCGAGUCGGCCACCUGCAAGGUGGAGACCAGAGAGCGGGAGCUGCGGGUGGAGGCCGAGCACGCGGAGCGCGUCCUGACGCUGUCCAAGGAGAUGCUGGAGCUCAAGGCCGACUACGAGAAGCGGCUCCGGCACCUGACAAGCCAAGAGGGCCCCCAGUGGAGCCGGCGAUCCCAGGAGAGCCCCGAGGCCAAGGCCGAGCCCGGCCCGGACGCCGGGAUGCAGGAGGUGCUGCUGGAGGUGGAGCGGCUGCGAGCGGAGAACCAGCAGCUGAGCCAGGACUACGCCUGCAAGGCUGAGGAGCUGCAGGCCACCUACGAGCGGGAGAACGAGGCCAUCCGCCAGGCCAUGCAGCAGUCGGUGAGCGAGGCCCUGUGGCAGUGGCAGGAGAAGGAGGCCGACCUCCGCAAGAACUUCCAGGUCCAGGAGUCGGCCCUGCAGGCCCAGGUCAGGAAGCUGGAAGGGGACCUGGAGCACAGGGGUCGCAAGAUAAGUGACCUGAAGAAGUAUGCCCAGAAGCUGAAGGAAAGGAUUCAGGACCUGGAUGUGCAGCUGAGGGAGGCUCGCCAGGAGAACUCAGAGCUGAAGAGCACUGCAAAAAAACUUGGGGAGAAGCUGACAGUUGCCAAAGACAGACUGAUGCUACAGGAGUGUCAUGUGCCACAGAAAACUGAUGACAUGAAGCCUGAGAAUGAAGUUCUGGGGGAAGUGAAUGACUUGGAGGUCCACAGUCUACACCCUCAGCAGGAUCAAAACUGCCCCAAGGAAUGUCCCUGCACCAAAGGAAGCACAGAUACACAGACCAAGAGAGAAGCAAGUGUUGAGACAGAAUAUGUGAAGCAGCGAUAUGAAGAGGACCUUCGUAAAAUCAAACAUCAGACUGAAGAGGAGAAGAAACACCUCAAAGACCAGCUGGUGAAGCGCCUGGAAGACAUGGUGAAGAAGCACACGGUGGAAAUCAAAGCUGUUCGAUCGUCCGUGGAGGCUGAAAGAAAGAAGCUGCAGAAGGAAGUAGAAGCACAGUUGGAAGAGGUGAAGAAGAAAUCAGAAAAGGAAAUCAGGCAGCUGGAGGAAGAGAAAACAGCCCUAAAUGUGAAGCUUCAGAACUCUCUGCUUGAGGUUUUAAGGCUGGAAGAGUUUAUCCAACAGCACAAGGUAACUCCCCGAAGAGCAGAGGAAAGCCCCCAGGAAUCUGACUGCCAGCACUGCAGUAUUUUGGAGACCCAGGAUCCAUGUUCAGAGCAGAAGGAGCCCUCCCAGACACUGCCCAGAGAAGAGUAUCAAGAUAAGUUAGCAGCUGAAGAAGGAACCAGCAGCGACGAAGAAGAAAGGAUUGAAGUGCCCCUCAAGGAGAGAAGUGACCCACGACUUCCACUGGGCUCUUUGCUGAAGGAAAAGGCACCUGAAAUCCAGCGUCUUCAGGAGGACUGGCAAAGCCAGAAGGCCAGGCUGCAAGCCCAGGUCUCGCAGAUGCAGCGGGCCCUGGAGCAGUGCACCAGCAGCUACCGGGAGGACCUGCGCGAGCUCCAGCAGCUGUCGGACCAGGAGCGCGAGCGGCUGCGGCGCGAGCUCCAGGACAGCCUCCAGCAGAGCCAGGCCGCCAAGGCGCAGCUCGAGGCCUCUCACCAACGCGCCCUGCGAGCCCUGGACAAGGCCAAGACGCAGGAGCUCAAGGCCAUGGAGGAGCGCUUGAAGAAGGAAUCCAGCCACAGCCUCCAGAUGCAACACCAGGCACACCGGCUGGAGCUCCAGGCCUUGGAGGAAAAGGCCAGGCAAGAGCUGCAAGAGGAGCGUGAGAGGAUGCAGGCACAGCAAGCGCUGCUGCUAGAAUCCCUGGGGCAGGAGUUAUCAGAGCAGCGAGCUGUGUGCUCUGAGCACCAGAAGGAGCUGGAGGCACUGCAGGCUCAGCUGAAGGCUCUGGGCAGCUUGGGCAGACGGCAGGCCACUGGCCCAUGUGCAGGAGACAGCAAGGACCCUGCCAUCAUCACAGAGGAUGGGGGCGGCCCGGGCCAGGCCAUCUCCCCUCCGGACGUCGCCGAGCAGGGGCAGAGCGAGGGCUGCGGGCUGCAGGAGGAGAGCUCUCAGCUCAGGGACGCCUUGCUCCGACUGCGCGCCGAGGCCGAGCAGCACCAGCAGGAGGUGCUGCAGCUCCGUGAGCAGCACAGGAUGCUGGAGGAGGACCAGCAAGCCCAGAGGACCAGGGAGGUGGAGACGCUUCGCCAGGAACACAGGAAGGAGAUGCAGGCCAUGGUGGCUGAUUUCAGUGGAGCCCAGGCCCGGCUCCAGGCCAGGCUGGCGGCCCUGGAAGCUGAACUGAAAGAUGCGGGAGAGAAGCCAGGAAAGGGAGCGUCCAGGCCUGAGGACCUACAGCUCAUAGGCCGUUUGCAGACCCGCCUCAAGGAGAGAGAGGAGAUCAUCAAGCAGCUCACGGAAGAGAGAAGGUUUCACUAUGCAGCGUUCCCUAGCACGAUGUCUCAUCGGAAUCGGUCCUUUUCUUUCAAUCCUCACCCAGGGUAUUUGACACCUUCCAUGAAGAAAAAGAGAAUGGAGGAAGUGCCCAGUCGAGUGGUGAGCGUGCCAAACCUCGCCUCCUACGCCAAGAACUUCCUCAGUGGGGAUCUGAGCUCCAGACUUAAUGCGCCUCCGUUGACCAAGUCACCCAGCUUGGACCCAAGCCCCAGUUGUAGCCGGCCUUACAAACCCACCCAGUCUCUAGAUGCUAAGACUGCCACAAGGACACAAGAUGGUGAAACAGCCCAAGCCAAAGAAGCCCAGCAGAAACAGGGCUCCCCACACCAGGAGUGGUUUACCAAGUACUUCUCCUUCUAAACUCAGCCUUAAGAUACCUCAGAGAGGCUGUUAGAAAACCACUUAAAACGUCUGAAGGAGCGAACUAUAGCCAACCAACCAACCAAAACAUUUCAUACUGUUUCAUUGUGAUCCAGGUUCACUAAAAAAUCUUGAUAUUAAAGAUAAAUCAAACCAAUGUUAUUAAAAAGCACCCAUAGGAAAAUGUUAUUAAUGUUCCAGUGAUCUAUACUAUUUGUAUUUCCAGUGUCCAUGACAUUGUACUCCACUUUGUGGGCUGGCAGACUUUGUGGUUUCCAUGGUCUAUUUUAAAAGUGGUUUCAUUUUUCCUUAGGAUGCUAGUCAUCUCCACUUGAAAAGCUGCUUUUUAUGUAAAAUGAUAUUAUUCCAAAAUACACAUCCAACCUCAAUAGGAAGAGGAAUAAAAAUAAAGUUCAAAACAGGAAAGUCAAUAAAAAAGAAAAAAUAUUGACCUAUUAGGAAUGAACCACAGCAUGUGUAGGUUGCAUGUUCUGACUUCCUGGGUCUAGGACAGGCAGCAGAUUACAGAGGGGUUAACACCUACCUCAGAAGGGGCUUUACAAGAUUAAACAAUGAGUGAAGACGCCCAUCAAGAAUUGGAAUUUUCUGAGUAGCUGUGCCUUGCCCCGCCAAACAUCUGUUUCAAUGACUGUCCUGUCAACUUGUUAUUUUGGAAAAUUUCUAGCCCAUUUGAUCUCUGAAGUCAAAGAUCUCCGGAAUCCCUGGUCUUUGGGUUUGGGCCAUUUGCCUCAUGAUGUGUUGCUGCCCCCUUGCAUGGACUCUCAGUAGAUCAAAGGGUACUGAGAAUGGCUGCUCAUGGUGCUGACCUUGCUCUCAGUCCACAUGCAUUAUCUACCCUCUGCAGAGCAAUGUGACUUGACAAAGACUCAAUGCAAAUUUUAGUGGGCAAAAUAUUUUCUCAAUCCUUUGGUGCUGGCCCAGUAAGUGGCCUAAACAGAUGUUAACUCUAUGCACUGUCAAAUCUUUGCUCUUUGAAUAAAACUUUAAACAACUAGGCAGUAA